AUGGAGACCGUUUCUUCACCGAUGCGCUACCGGAAGAAUGGUCGACUUCAGGCGUGCGACCCCUGCCGGCGGCGCAAGGUCGCCUGCGACCACUCUCGUCCAGUCUGCAGUAACUGCAAGAGGAGGCGAAGGGCCGAGCCGUGCGAGUACACGAUGGGCACGCCGGCCCAGGCGCGGGCUAAUGCCGCCUCGGCGCGCACGUCGCGCUCGGCCAGCGUGACGGGCUCGGAGGCUGUCACCGAACAAUACGAACACCCGACCGCGACGACGCUCGUCGACCAGGACCCGGAAAGCAGUCCGUUCGGCCGUGAGAAGCAUACGCCUGGCCCUCAGAGACCGGCUCGCGAGAUAAGCAUCCACGACACCCUGUCCGGCCACCUGGGCUUCACCUCGUGGAGCGACGUGUACAAAGAGGUCGGGAACGGCCUCCUCAACCACGGCUCGGAAGCCGAAAAGGCCGCCCAGGCCAACGGCCAAGCCGGCCCUCCGCUCUGGAAAGACAGCACGACUCUCGCCGAAGAUGCGCAGACGCUCGAGACCUGCCUGAACAUCCUGCGGCAGGUCCCCAAGGAGCACGAGGCCAAGGCCCUGUUCGACCCGUACUCGGACCCCCACAACGCCUUCAUCCACCCGGUUUCGAGGCGCGCCAUGGACUCCCUGUACGAGACGUUCGGCCACUACCUCGGGCCCGCCCGGGACGACGCCCAGCUGUCGGAGCUCGCCCGGAUCCUGUGCUGCAACUCGGCCCGGCCCUUCUCCGAGCACGAGCCCGACGGGGAGGCGUGGAUGGCCCAGUUCACCGGGCGCCACAUGCGCUGGGAGAUGCUCGGCAUCCUCUUCGUCAACUGGGAGAUGAAGGCCAGGACCAGCCAGCUCGGCCACACCGACGUCGGGCGUAUGGGGUACGGGCAGAAGAGCAAGUUCCGCAAGUGCAUAAUCGACUGCACCUCGUUGGCGCGGCAGGCCACUGCCAUGGGGAAUAGUCUCCUGCUCUACCUGUAUUUCCGACGGACCAUUAUCGAAUCCAUUGUAGACGGAGACACUGGCCUCUCUACUUGGAUGACCGGCGGCGAAAUGGCUUCUCUACUUACCUUUCUUGGCUUACACGCCGAGCACACCAAGCAGCCGUACAAACCGACCUUGGCGUCAGAGCUGCGGCGCCGCCUGCUUCUCAAGGUCUUCAGUCUCGACAAGGUGGGCGCCGCCAUCACGGGGCGGCCGCCCGCGCUGAGCCGGCGCUACGUCUCGACACCGAUGCCGCUGGACAUCAGCGACGACGUCCUGAUGUCGGACGACGAGACCAUCGCCAAGGCCAUGGGCUCCCUGGACGCCCUCGGCUGGAACACGGACGGCUCCCUGUACUCCGUCACGAUGUGGCGCGUCCGCUACCGCUUCAUGCAGAUCCGGGACGAGAUCUUUGAGAUCGCGCUGGGCGCCGAGUCGGCCAUCUCGGGCGACGCCGUACGUGCCCUCAAGGUUAAGGAGCUCGAAGCCGCCGCUGAGUUGCCGGCCGCCAUGCAGUUCAACGAGUCGGACACCAGGGACCCCAACAUCAGCGGCCAAGUCCUCCACAUCAGGCUGCUCACGCUGCUGGAGCACCUCCAAAACCUGUUCUUCAUCGAGCGCCUCCUGAACCGCCUGGAUAGCUCCAACGGGCGGGAACUGCUGGCGGUCAGCUACGAGAUGACGUCGGUCACCUUGUUAUUCUGGACCAACGUGGACGGGCUCCGCAUUCUAUGCGAAGACUUCAAGUGGCUGGUGAUGGCAUACGCCGCUCCGGGCGGCGGCAUCCUCUGCCUCGAGCUCCUGAAACCGACCGUGACGGCCAACGACGCCGGCGCCGCGGUCACCGACAGCAAGGGGAACGUCAUCACCAGGUCCAGCAUCGUGCAGGCGCUGAGCCUCCUGGUGGCGUUUCUGAAAUGGGUCAGCCCGCAGGAGGUCAACGGGAGCAUCUGCGUCGGGUGCAGGAACAUUGUGCAGCGGGUGCUCGACGAGGCGCUCAACGCGGGGCCCCGCGGCGGCAACCCCGCGGCGGACGGGACGACUCGGGACUUUACCGAGCAGCUGGACUUCGAGUUCGAUCUCUUGGACACGUUCGAGUGGAUGCGGCCCGAGUUCCCGUGGACCGACGUGCCCUCGCAGGGCCAGGUUGGUGCGGUGAGAGAUCCAUAA